GUUAAGCGUCAUGUUUACGUUGCAGAACUAAUGCAAUGUUCAUCACCGGUGACGCAACCACUCACAGAUAAAAGUGCUGCCAACAGAAAUCCCUCCAUACUGGAUCUCCGCUUUUCAAAUUGCAGCAGAGACUGGUGUAUUGUUGAAACAUCAAGACUUGCAUUUCUUCUUUCAAGCAGGCUGAAGAUGUGGAUGCUGAGUCUUCAGGUGGUUGUCGCCUCUGUGCUCCUACAGGCGCCCGGUUGUUCCCCAUCGUGCCUCAUCCUGGGCUCUGUAGCUAACUGUGGCUCCCAGAACCUCCGCUGGAUUCCUCCUCUCCCUCCUCACAUCACCCACCUGUACCUGGAGAUGAACCACAUCCACGAGAUCAACUCCACCUCCCUGUCGGGCCUGGAGGAGCUGCAGGCGCUGGACCUGGGGCGACAGUAUGUGCCUCUUGUGAUCAGGAACCACGCCUUCAGCGGCCAGAGGCGCCUGAGGAGGCUCGUGCUCGGCUUCAACGCCGGCCUUCAACUGGAGCCGCGGGCUUUUGUCGGACUGUCGGGUUUGCAGAAUCUCCACCUGGAUUACUGUUCUCUGCAAGCGUCCAUCCUGAAGGAGAACUAUCUGGAGCCACUGUCCUCCUUGGAGACUCUUGACCUCUUCGCCAAUAAGAUAAAAAGACUGCAGCCCUCAAUGUUUUUUACAAACAUGACUAAUUUGAAAGUUUUGAAUCUCAAGCUGAACCAAAUCGACAGAAUAUGUGAAUCUGAUCUGGUUGGUUUUCAAGGAAAGAACUUCACGCUCCUGAACUUGGCCUCGGUUAGUCUUAAGGCCAUGUUUAAUGAACAUUUUGACUGGCAGGAAUGUGGGAAUCCUUUCGGGGGAAUGUCCUUUCAGACACUUGACCUGUCCCACAACGCGUUCAGCGUGAGUGGGUCCAAACGCUUUUUCACAGCCAUCAAAGGGACCGAAAUCUCCCAUCUCAAACUGUCAGGACACAUGGGUAAAGGAUUCUCACACAACAAUCUCCCUGAUCCAGACCGCGGCACGUUUGUAGGCCUGAACGUCAGCUCAGUCCGCACUUUGGAUCUGUCGAACAACCGGAUAUUUGCAUUGCAAGAGGGGGUUUUUCGUCCACUGAAAGAGGUCGCAGUCAUUGACGUUUCCCGUAACAGAUUGAAUCAGAUACACCGACAUGCCUUUGAGGGUCUUCAGGGACAUUUGAGAAUGCUCAACCUGUCACACAACCUGCUGGGGGAAAUCCAGUCUCACACCUUUGCCUCCCUGACAAACCUGAGAGUGUUGGACUUGUCUUUUAAUCACAUUGGUGUUCUGGGCUACGACUCAUUCAGUGGACUUCCACAACUGAGAGCAUUAUAUCUAACAGGAAACUCUCUGCGAGACUUUGGCUUCCCCGCAUCUCUCCCAAGAUUAGAUUAUCUCAUGUUGAAUGACAAUAAACUCAAGUCGUUACCGGUCAGCGCUCUUGCGCGUUUUGCCGGUAAUGUUAUGCAUCUGGACAUCAAGGACAACCGCUUGAUGAACCUGGGGCACGUCACCAUGCUUUCAACUCAUCUGAAACAGCUCCAGCGUCUCUUCUACGGAGGAAACCCAAUCCAAUGGUGUACGAUCAGUGGACGGGUUCCAGCAGUUGGUUUGAACAAUGUCCAGGUUCUGGAUCUUCACAGCAGUUCCCUGCAGUCCAUGUGGUCUCAGGGGAGGUGCUUGAAUCUGUUUGACAAUUUUGGACGCGUGAUCGCUCUGAACUUGAGCUUCAAUGCACUGCAGUCUCUCCCUUGGGGCCUUUUCAAGGGCCUCACCUCAGUAGCAGAGAUGGACCUCUCGUUCAACAGCUUGACCUAUCUGCGGCCUGAUGUGCUACCAAAUAGUCUGAAAGUACUCAACCUCUCCAACAACUUUGUAGCCUCCCCUGACCCCGACGCGUUUCGCUUUCUAAGCUUCCUCAACCUUAAAAUGAACCGUUUCCACUGCGAUUCAAACCUGAAGGGCUUUCUGACUUGGCUGAGGAAGACCAACGCGACCCUUCUUAGUCCUGUGGCGGAGCUCAGGUGUGAAUUUCCUUCUGGACUCUAUAAUGUGUCUCUGUUAGAUUUCUCUGUUUGGAACAACUAGAGAAUUGUAAGAAAUGAAACACAAAGACCAUGUGAUGUUGAUUUGUUUAAUCUCUGUAUGAUUUCACUUUGUAUGAAAAAAGAAAGACUGGUAAUCAAAGAAGAGGGCUCGUUGGUGUUCUUUAGAAAGAAACAGAAUCAAGAUUUUAGAUGGUACAUUAAAAAAAAUUAGAUCAGAGGAAUGUCAGAGACUAUGUUACCAACCUGGUUUAUUUAUCAAUUGCUUCUUUUCGUUUUCAUAUUCAUAUUAUGAAUAAGAUUAUUUGUCGUUAACUGUCAUCUCAUAAGGCAAGAGCUUAGAAGACUUUCAAAGGCCUUGGUGGGUGUGGGGGGGGCACUGAGCUGGAUUGAGAUCUGAAAAUUGCAAAUCAGUUUCAUACACAUGAAAGCAAUAAGUGGCCUCCAUGUGAGCUUUAUGGAGAUAUCUACAUAUUUGUUUUAUGUUUCAUUCAUUUAGAUAUUUCUUCAGAUCGUAAACACUUUUAUUUUGUAGAUCUAUGUAGUAAACUGACUGUACCCGCAGACAUUCAUGCAUAGUUCAUUUACCUUGCAAAGUCUGCAUUAAAUGUACGGUGACAGACUUAAUGUGACGAUACGGCUGCAUCUCACCGUCCAACCCUUUCACUUUGUGUGACCUGAGUCACAUUUAUUCUGCCCCAGUGGUGUACAACGAUAGGAUGUUCAGCAUUUAACGCAUAUUAUAAACACAUGCGUUGUCAUCAGUUACAGAGUAUGAAAAAUGAUGUGUUUAUCGCUUCUCAUAACUACAAUAUCAACAGAAAUGAAUCUGUGUGACUUGAGAGGCACCAAUUGUGACAUUAAGUGAUCGAUUUGUUAAAAAAUGAGUAGGAUCUUAAUGAUGCAUCCACUUGUAUGUCCAGUGUUCAUAAACAAAACUGCCCAUUCAAAGAGUAUUUAAGAAAAGGUUGUCUAUUAUUUUACGGAUGAAAAUAAGCCUUGAGAUGGAACCCAAGUUGCCCAAUGAUUUCUUUUCUUACAGCAGAGGGCAGCACCAGCACAGUUAGUAAAAUGACUCCAAUAAAAAAAAUACCAUACCAAAAUACCACUUUCCCAGCCAGGAUCAAUGUGCAGCAAUGCAGCAUUCAGUUCCAGAGCCUCUGACAGAUGAGAGAAAAAUAGGGAUUCAUGAAUUCAUAAAAAUGUAAUGAGUGGUCCAUUAUAAACUGGAUGUAUAGGACCGAUUAGUGUGAGUUACUGAAAAUAGGGAAUUAGGUCAUCACCGCUCGAUGACCGUGAGGUGUUUUUGUAAGAAUAACAACUCACAAACAUCUUUUGUCUGAUAUCCAAAGCCGGAUUUUGUAUUGGGAUUGAUGAUAUUGAUACCUAAUUGGUAAAUAUGAACAGGUCUCAUCUAAUGCUUAAUGCAUUAUGUGGGUGAAUGGAUAAAACCCGUGUCCUAAUAUAGCAGCUCUCUGCUCAUGAAAUAUUAAAUGUGAACAGACUGGAGGGUGAAGCAGAAUGAAGAGGAAGAAGAAGAGAUCUCAGUGGCUUCUGCACGUCAACUGCUAAUCAGACUCCGAUUACAUUGGUGAAUUUAUAUACUUGUGUGUGUGAGUGUGUUUGUGUGUGCGUCUGGGUAAGUGCAUGAAUGCAGAUAAUUCCCUGACAUAAGUGUUUCAUUCAAAACCUGUAGGAUUACUAACAAUUGAAUGCGAACAUUUUACCCAGCAUUAUCUUUCAUUAUAGGUUUUUAUCAUAACCUAUUUUGCAUUCUUACCUUCACACAACCAGCCAGGUGACACCAUUGCAAAAGUAAUCUACACUUAUUUUUUACUAUUAUUGUAAUGUUUUCCACAAAGUUAAUUAAUACUUAUUAUUUUCAAAUGUUGUGUCAUAAAGUCAUGCCAUUUUUACAUACAUUAAAAGUAAA